AUGUCUACCGUUAGUACGAUCUUGCCCGAAGGGGUCGGGUACGGCGUCGUCGUCGGUAUUGGCUUCUUCUUCACGGCCGUCAUGUGUGGGAUAUCGAUGUUGCAGCAGAACAAAUAUACCAACUUCUCCACCAAAACCAGCGAGGAGUUCAAUACGGCGAGCAGGAGUGUCAAGCCCGGCCUCAUAGCCGCAGGUAUAGUAUCCGCAUGGACUUGGGCAGCGACCCUCUUGCAGAGCAGCACCGUUGCUUAUACUUAUGGCGUUGCGGGGCCCUUCUGGUAUGCCGCUGGAGCCACGGUGCAAAUCCUGAUGUUCUCCAUCCUCGCCUGCAAGACCAAAAUGAACGCUCCGCGAUGCCAUACGUUCCUCGAAAUCAUUCAAGUGAGAUAUGGCACUCUGGCUCACUGUGUGUUCAUUUUCUUUGCCCUGGUCACCAAUAUCCUCGUCGGCUCUCAACUCUUGCUCGGAGGCUCUGCGGUUGUCACCACACUCACCGGCAUGAACGUGUAUGCUGCCAUCUUCUUGAUCCCGCUAGGAGUUGUGGCUUAUGUGUUGAUGGGUGGGCUUCGCGCGACAUUCCUCUGCGAUUACUCACACACGUUGAUCCUGAUGGUCAUCAUUCUAUACUUCAUGUUCCAGGUGUAUGCUGAGAACAGCCUCAUCGGCUCCCCCAGCGAGAUGUUCAAGCUCUUGGGGAAAGCAGCUCGUCUUCGACCUGUCUCCGGCAAUAAAGACGGCUCAUACCUAACACUGAAGUCUAACGACGCUCUGAUCUUCGGUGUCAUCCAGCUCUGCUCCGGCAGCGGUACCGUCUUCCUCGACCAAGCGUACUGGCAAAGAGCAAUUGCCUCUCGCCCUACCACGGCUGUGCGGGCAUACAUUCUAGGCGGCAUGGCUUGGUUCGCCAUACCUUUCGGCUUUGCCACCACAUUAGGUCUUGCUGCCGUCGCAUUGACGGACAACCCUGCGUUUCCCACCUAUCCCAAUCCUCCCACGUCCGAUCAGAUCUCAGCAGGUCUCGCAGCGGCGUUCUCUUCAAGCGCCCUCCUCGGGAAAAACGGUGCGGUGGCACUCUUGAUCACUCUGUUCAUGGCAGUCACUUCGUGUGCAUCCGCUGAGCUCAUUGCCGUAUCGUCAAUCCUCACCUUCGACAUCUACAAGACCUACAUCAAGCCAGCUGCGACGCCUCAGAACCUCAUCUUCAUGGCUCACGUCAACGUUGCCUUGUUCGGUCUGAUCAUGGCCAUCUUCGCCAUCAUCUGGCACGUCGUGGGUAUCGAUCUGGGCUGGCUGUUUUUGGUCAUGGGUCUGUUGAUAGGCGGAGCCGUCUUCCCGGCCGCGUUCGCCAUCACAUGGAAGAAACAAAGCCAGACAGGAGCCAUCGCUGGCGCAGUGUGCGGUCUCCUUGCGGGCCUGACGGCGUGGCUCGCAGAAGCACACGUGUACUAUGGCGAGCUGACGCUAGCAUCCACGGGAUCCAACUAUGCCACGCUGUCCGGAAACCUCGCUGCCAUCAUGACGGGCCUGAUCGUAUCGGUCGUCGUGUCCCUUAUCAAACCGGACAACUACGACUGGAGCACGACCCGCGCCAUCAACAUCGAGCACGCCUUCCACGGGGUCGAGGGGAAGCAAGAGGGCAGCCUCGCGACCGAAGUAAAGACAAAGACUUCAGCCGGUCCCGGAUCCGGCGACGACGAGACCCCCUCGCCUGCUUCUCCUGUCAUCGCACCGACCACGGCAGCAGACGAGAAACAUGUCGCCGUCGGAGACCGACGAGACUCGAUCCGCAUCGACGAGGAACGCCAAAUGUCGCUCGACGCCGCCCUGGAAGAUGAUCCCAGCCGGCUGAGGUCUGCUUUCAAACUCGCGUGCUGGGCCUCGUUCGUGCUCCCGUUCAUCAUGGACUUUUUGAUCCCCAUCCCAAUGUUCCUAAGCCACUACAUCUUCUCCGAAAAAUUCUUCACCGCGUGGGUGGUCAUCAGUUUCAUCUGGGUGUUUUCGUCGACCUUUAUCUCGGUCGUGUUGCCGAUAUGGGAGACGAGGACUUUCUUCAGGCAAUUAUACACUGAGAUCAUGGGCGAUGUCAGGGGCAGGAGGUAA